UGUUUGUGUUGUUUUUGUCAGCUGUCAAUAAAAAUAACAUUUCGUUUUCUAUUCAUUCGAGCGCGCAUCUUCAUUAUUAUCGUUCGUGUUAAUUUUUUUACCGUUAAAUUCUGGGUCUGAACAAAGAUUCCUUCAAAAUGCAAAGCUCGGAUAUAAUAUCAUCUUUGUUUUGGUUUAAAAAUGAAAGCGAAGAAGAAGAUAAAGAUCACCUAAUAUUGGAACAGUUUGUACACAAUGUUGAAGAUUUUAGUUCUCAGUAUGGCAGUGAAAUCAGUGUUUCAUAUACUGCAUUUAAUCUUCGUGGACCGCCCUCUAAUUUCCCUGACUACGGCGACUAUCCCCAAGCCUUCGUUAUGAGGACCUAUGGGACCUGGUGGGAAGAAGCUCCAUCAGCGCAGAAAGAUUAUAUGCCACAAAAUGCUAGCUCAAUCACUAGUCAAGAUUUUGUUGAAGUGUCCUUUGAAAAAGCAGUCUACCCAUUGGAGGUGUCCAUCUUCGAGACCUACAACCCUGGAGCGCUGGUUCGCAUCUGGGCAUUGGGUCCUACAGCCUGGAUGUUGUUAUGGGAAGGGGAACCGGAGUAUGUUGGUGACACUCCAAGGAUAUUCAGUCCACCGAUAAGGCAGCUCAAUGUACCGACACGGAUAUUGAGAUUAGAAUUCAACCACAAGCUGCUUCCUUACUACACUGAAUUGGAUGCGGUGCUCCUACGUGGUAGACAACCAGCGAAUUUAGUCAAGCAUAUGAGAAACAAUUUCUCUUAUUCUUCGCUCUUUUACAAGAAAACCCAGCCGGUCGUGGAGAAGGGACAGCUUAUGAACCGAAUAAUUGCUUCGAACCUUCAUGAGAAUAUCGUGCCACAGAUUGUAGCGCCACGAAAUCAGAAGCAAAUUGACACCGGACCACCGCUCGGAGACUUCCAUCAGUUACCUGACGAGACCAUCCUCUGUGUGAUGAAGUAUUUAGAUAUCCAGUCACUUUGCCGAUGUGCUCAAGUCAACAGACAUUUCAACAGGCUCGCUUCAGACUGCAUAUUGUACAGGAGCAUAGAUCUCAGACCAUAUUGGCAUUGCGUACAAUCUCAGGUGCUGGCAACCCUAUCGAUGCGCUGCAAAUUCCUUCAAAAACUAGAUUUAUCGUGGUGUGGAAGUCAUCGCAUGAUACAGCCCAAUUAUGUAGUAAAUUUCCUCAAAGACAGCGGAGCUGAAUUAACACAUCUGCGCAUGAAUUGCUGUAAAUUCGUUGACAACUCCGUGCUAAGAGCCAUCGUUGACACCUCCACUAGUUUACAAGAGUUAUGCCUCCGAUCAGUAGUUGGCUGUUCAGACUGGAUAUGUCUGUCUGCUUUGAAGAAACUGAAACGACUGGAUUUAUACAGAACUGAUAUAACUACGUCUGCUGCGGUAGCCAUCAUCAGAUCCAAUCCUGGACUACGUCAUCUUAAUGUUGGUUCAUGCAAAAUGAUAUCGUCGAUGGACGAAGUAGCGAUAGCAUUAGGCGGUAAUUGCCCAAACCUAGUGUCGGUGGACUUCUGGAAGUCGUAUUCCUUGACUCCUAACGGCAUCAGAGCAUUGGGCAACUGUAAGAAUCUGCAGGAGCUUGACGUCGGGUGGUGCUUACAAGCGGGUGGUUCCGGAGAGUGGCUGAGCUGGUUGUCCGUCGGGGAGCUUCGCAAACUGUUCCUUGGGGCACUUCGUGGAGUUUGCGACCGAGACUUACGCUCCUUGAUACCUAGAGCGCCGAAGUUAGCACAGUUGGACCUCUUGGGAGUCAGGGCCGUUACCGCAGAUAUUUGUGACUCGAUUCUAGCUGAAUGCAAAGAUCUAAGGCUGCUGGACGUCAGCUUUUGUGAUCAAAUUCAAGAAGCUCAGGUAAUCGAAUGGCGCGAACAAUAUCCCCACGUAAGCAUAAAGCGAUCCUUCCAAUCAGCUAAUUUAAACACGGCACCCAACCCACUUUUCUUAGCUCCUAGUUUAGAAUAAUUUUAGCUUAAGAAAUUUUAAUCAAAGUUCAUUCACG